ACUCACCUGUUUCUCCCCAGGUCUACAACCUUUCUUCACAAUGAAGGCAGACAUUCCGGCUGUGGAUGUGUGGACAGACCAACUUUUGGAGCAUCAUCAGUAAAGACUCGAGGCGCGUGCGUUUACUUUUUGCACGCUCUUUUCCCCGAGCAGCACAGCACUCCUGCAGCUCGCGCUCCGUGUGAUGGCGACCGACGGUACCUUAUAAUCAUUCAUGACUAAUUACGCACGUGCUGUAAAUGAUGAUGAAACGACAUGUCUCUUUUGAUUUGUUUUGCCUGAGUGAAGCGUCCUGAUCACCUGCAUGUUUCAUUUUUAAACUGGUUUACUGGAUUGUUUUGUGAGGACACGAUGAGCAGAUCAGGACAAAAAUAGACAAAACAUGAAUUUUUCAAGCAUUUAUGCCAAAUUUGGACACCUUCUGCCGACCAACUUUUCCUUCCUGAGACAGGACCAUAAUGGGAGUGUGGUUCAUGAUUCAGUGCCCUUUGCUGCAGACUUUCUUUUUGCAGGACACGAACCUGGCACGAUUGUCCUGAUGGUCAUGUAUUUGGUGUCCUUUCUGACAGGAUUUGUGGGGAAUAUUAUGGCGCUCUUGGUCCUGAGUCGAAGAAGGAACAGACUAGCUGGUGCCUCCACUACCAGAAAGCUGCUGAUAAACUUGGCUGUGUGUGACAUGAUGGUGGUGUGUGUGUGCAUGCCUGUGAACUUGGGCCACCAGGUGUACAAUGCUUGGGUGUUUGGGGACUUAUUGUGUCGUGCCGUGCCGUUCGUUCAGGCCGUGUCUGUGUCUGCGAGUGUCUUGAGCCUGGCUGUCAUAAGCUUGAACCGAUACUACAAUGUUCACAGUCCACUACGUGCACGAUCUUUCUUCACCGGUAGGAAGAUUGGUGCGAUGAUAGCCACGGUGUGGACGGUGUCAUCCGGGCUGUGUGCUCCGUUGGUCUUUAUGAACGAAACCAAGAUGCUCUCCUUGACAAUGGAUGGCUCACACGUGAUAACGGUGUGCGUCGAGACCUGGUCGAAAGCACGGCUGCGCCUAGGCUACAACUUUUUACUGUUCUGCGCCCUGUAUGGCUUCCCAGUCCUCUUCAACCUCAUCAUAUGUUUUCUCACUACCUGGAAACUGUGGAGUGCAGAUGACCAGUUUAGCGAAGCUGCCAUGUCAAGCUCAACCCGGUCAGCAGCGCGGCUGAAGUCGCGCAAGAAAAUAGCCAAGAUGGUGCUAGCGCUGGUGGUGCUUUUUACCCUCUCCUGGCUUCCUCUCUAUGUAGUGGAUAUCUGGAUUGACUUCAACAUGCCAGGCUCUCUGGACAGAGAAGUUCCUGGCCACGUUGAGCACAGUUGGGUGUUGCAGAGCCGACCUUUUGCGCAGUGGCUCGGCCUCACCAACUCGGCACUCAACCCGCUUUGCUAUUGCUUUGUAGGCGACCUGUACAGGUCUGCAAAAAAGUUCAGGAAGAGCUACAGAGAGAAAAUGGCCUCUGUUUUUAAUGCGUCUUAGAGACCGUCAUCCUCCGUGAACUCUGCCCUCAAACUUCAGUCCUGUGCAUCGUCCACAAAAUACAGCAGUGGAAAGCAGAGAUGGACAGGCCUCUACAUUUUCAGUAACAGAUUAAACAGCGGUAAAAGCAUGUCUGCUUUAAAUGUGUGUGAGACUGUAUUUGGUUAAUGGAUAUAUGCCUGAAUACAAAACAAAUUCCCCAGUGUUCAGUUAACACUUUCAGUAUAGAAUUCACUCUUACAGCACUGAACACUGAACUUAUAUAAACACUAAAACGGGGUGAGUUCAGUAUAUGGUUGCACAGCAUUAUUUCUUUACUUGUCACUGCAAUAUUGUUUUUUUUUGACAACAUAAAAAUGAGCACUCUAACAAACAACAAUUCCAGAAAAAUCCAGAAAAUUAGUCUGUGGUUAUAUUCAUAAACAAUUUUUGGGGGGUUUUUUUUGUGCAAAAAUGCUAUUUUGUCUGUAUUGAGAAGCCCUAGUUCAAUACUGUAAGAGUUAAUUAGACUAAUAUAAAAAAUAUCAUAUUACAUUUUGCUGGUCAUGUUAAUUUGUAAGGAAGUCAAGUCAAGUGGUUUUUAUUGUCAUUCCUCUAUAAAACUUGUAUACAUUGGGACAAAAUGUUGUUUCCUCAGGACCAUGGUGCAACACGGUGGCACAGUACACAGGACUACAGUACAUAAAGUGCAAAUUCACGACAGUGUGAGACAUCCAUCCAUCCAUAUUCUCUACCGCUUAUUCUACACAGGGUCGUGGGGAUCCUGGAGCCUUUGCCAGGGAACUCGGGGCACAAGGCGGGGGAAACCCUGGACAGGAAGCCAGUCUGAGACAAGUACAACAAUACAAUUAAUACACAGGACAAUAAACACACAAGAUGGUGCAUGUGAAUUGGACUGGACGACAGAAUAGAAUAGAAGUAUAAAGGAGAGAAAAAAAUUAUAUCAGUGUUGUUGUUGUUUUUUCGUUGUUGCUACUAAUAUAUAUUACUUGUUUAACCUUAUGCAAGUGAUGAAACAGAUGUAACUGUGUACUAAAAUGGAUGUAAAUUGCCACUGGCUAGUAUAUUGUGCCUGUGACAAGCAGCUUUUCAGUCCUUCGGCUCUUUUCUCAUCUUUCAGCUUGAAUAGAGUUCUUGAAAGGGUGUUUAAGGUGUUCAUCAGAAUUCACAUUGGUUACUGGUGAUUAUCUAUGAGUGUUCAUUAAAAUGAAUUCCUGUACAGAAAAGAAUUUGUAUUGUACAAAGCAAAAAUAAUUCUCUAUUGCUGUUCCA